AGGUGGGCGUGCCGGCCAGGAGGAGAGGCGGGACCUAUAAAGCGCUCUCCAUUCGGGAGGCGGAGCGGCCGGGUGCAGCCUGUGCUGGUGGGCGCGGUGGCCCGCAGCCUUCGGCUUGCUGCAGGACUGUGCAGGGGACCACUGUCCAAGCUUCGGACUACUGAGGGGCGCCUGCCUCGGUUUACCCUUCAGCGUCUGGUGAAAUCCGGCAGCGCCUAGGGAAAGAUCCGUUCUGCUCCGCGAGGGAAACAGAGCCGUUGACCAUGGUUGCAACGGGCAGUUUGAGCAGUAAGAACCCGGCCAGCAUUUCAGAGUUGUUGGACGGUGGCUAUCACCCUGGGAGUCUGCUAAGUGAUUUCGACUACUGGGAUUAUGUUGUCCCUGAGCCCAACCUCAACGAGGUGGUAUUUGAAGAGACAACAUGCCAGAAUUUGGUUAAAAUGUUGGAGAACUGUCUGUCCAGAUCAAAGCAAACCAAACUUGGUUGCUCUAAGGUCUUGGUCCCUGAGAAACUGACCCAGAGAAUUGCUCAAGAUGUCCUGCGGCUCUCGUCCACGGAGCCCUGCGGCCUUCGGGGUUGUGUUAUGCACGUGAACUUGGAGAUUGAAAAUGUAUGUAAAAAGCUGGAUAGGAUCGUGUGUGAUGCUAGCGUGGUGCCGACCUUUGAGCUCACGCUUGUGUUUAAGCAGGAGAGCUGCCCGUGGACCAGCCUCAAGGACUUCUUCUUUAGCAGAGGUCGCUUCUCCUCAGGCCUUAAGCGAACUCUGAUUCUCAGCUCAGGAUUUCGACUUGUGAAGAAAAAACUGUACUCCCUGAUUGGAACGACAGUCAUUGAAGAGUGCUAAGGAGGAAAAACAAUUAAAGGCCCCUAAUGAGUGGAUAAUAAACCUCUGAAGCUAUCCAGCCAGUCAUUUGUAGUUUGCCUGCUUGCCCUCACCAGGAAAUCCCAGAUUUAGGCCCUUUUCCUUCUGUGUGUCUCACCCAUAGCAACCCACUUUAAAGGCUGAUUUUUUUUUUUUUUGUCCAGCUUUUAAGACAUAAUUCAAGAGAGCAAAUUGCCCACAUAUGUGUCCAUAUGGGAUAGAAUGGAAUAAGGAGGAAAAAGAAGCAAUCUCCUUUAAUUUUAUAUUUGGUCUCAUAUUUAGCAGGUAGUCUUAGCAACAGAGCAAGAUCCACUUUGCCUAAUUUGACUUUCAUGUGCCCAGGGCUUGCUGUUAUUGUACCCGCCUCUCUCUCUCUCUCUCUCUCUCUCUCUGUGUGUGUGUGUGUGUGUGUGUGUAUAUAUAUAUAUCUGUCUGUCUCUCUCUGUCUCUCUGUCUCUCUCUCUCUCCUCCCCUCCCUCCCUCUCUGAGAGCCAUCUUUUCAAUGACAGGACCUGACAAGAUGAUGUGCAGCCCCAUCAAAACAUAUAGAGAUCUGCACUACCAGCUUCCUCCCUGAAUUUGAAGAGCUUUUACACAAGAGGGUACAGUUAAAUUGAUCCGCUGGAUUAAAACAUCACCUUACAUAGAGCGAAUAAACAUCACAGUGACAAGAGCAUGGCUUCCCUGCCUGGUGGUCUCCCCACACCCGUGCCCAGGAGACACGAGAAGUGUGCCUCUUACUGCAAUGAUUACAUGAUGGCUUUCAGUGCCUUUGUAGUAUUGUGUCAACUUGGUUUUCCUAGUUACCAACUGUUGAAUGUUAUCAUUUUUUACAUUGUCUUUGAGUAGAUAAAAAAAAAAAAAGAAAUGACUGUCUUUUUGCAUAGAGUUGAUUUGACUGAGCAAAUAUUGAUUACCCAUCUCUAAAGAUGGAGAAGGGUAAUUUCAGAUCCCGUCCCUUUCGGAUCCACUAGGUCACAUUGCUGCUUUGUGCCACCAAGAUGCUUCCUCUCCAGUGAAGUGUCUCACCACAUGGCAGUUAGCUCAUCUCUGGUCUUUUCUAGGAACUGGAUCACCUUUCCUUAACAUCACACUUCUUUUUAGUUACCAAUGUGCUUAUAUUGGCAGAGCCUGACUUGACUCUGAGAUGUUGUUGCUACCACAGACUAGAUAUGAAAGUCCUAUGAUAACUUAAGACAAUCACUGCACAUACCCAGCUCCAUCCACUAUAUCACAGCCCAUUCCUAGGAAACAGCAAAUGCCUCUUUUGCUUAGCUUUUGCUUCAUUUCAAGUAACUAGAUGUUUCUCAGGUUUUAUGGCCAUGAGACAAUUUACCUUCCACGUAACUCUGUUCUAUUCAGCAAGGUCUUUUCUUCCUUGGGUCAUGGAAAGUAACAUUUUCGGGUCACCUGCCUAGGCCUUCAGUAUGAGUUUGUAUACCUCAGGCACCAGCUUGGCUGGGACAAAUGUCUUCAUCCUGACCUUACACAAACAAGCCUGAUAGUUACUGGUCUUAUGGGUGACCUAGGACAUCACUGUUCCAAUGAGCACGUCUUCUAACUUGGGGAGGUACCACGGAGCUAGUCUUCACAAGACUGGGCCAGUAGGCAAAACCCUGUUGAUCUGUAGGCUUACAGAUGCCCAGGUUCUGAAGGUCGCUGUGUUUCUGUAGCUGUUUUGAGUCUUGCUGGGGAAGAUGGUGAGGCUUCUCAGGCAUGGACAUAGAUCUUUUACCCGUUAGCAGUUCUCUGGUUCUCCUGCCCAUUUGACUCUCAAAAUAGUAAUGGCUGAAGGAGGCUCUUGCAAUAACAAUCCUGUUAAAGUCAAUUUUUUACAAUAAAAUGUUAUAUAUUUUUA